AUCACUUUUCGACCGCUUAUAUCUCCAGAACGGCUUGACCGAUUAAAAAUUUUUUUAGUUCAAAUUACUCGUGCCGAUGCCGCCCUUUUAGGACAUAUAACGUUCGAUUCAAAAUUUUUUAUAUUUUAGAAGUUAUGCAUCCCACAAAAAUGGACUUUAGUGGCUCGGGAUAAGAGACUUGUAGUGUUUAUUAUUAAUCUUUUAAAUUGAAAUUAACUAGUAAUUUUUUCAUGGCUGGAGACACUACCGCGUUUCCUGAUAAGGCAGAGGCAAGAAGAAAAAUAGUUAAGAAAAAAAGGUAGAUGUAUUUAUAAGAAUUGGACCAGGAAAACGAAGUUCAGAUAAGGAAAAGCAACGAGUGAUAAUAACUUUGGAAUAAGAUGGCGUGAGAUACAAGUUAUGAGUGGCAAGUUAUGGAACAUUCUAAGGAAAUUCGAAUAAGAAGGACGAAGCACAAGGAAUGGAGAGGAAGACGAGAUGAAGGCAAGCACACGAAGAACUUCUGGACAAGAAAAUGCAUGAGGCAGGAGAGCAUCAAAUGUAGAUUUAGUUUUAAAUAUAGGUUGCUUCAAUAUGGAAGUCGAGCGUAUUGGUACUACGCACAAAAUGUACAUAGCACAAGGUAUUCUGCAGAAAUUUUGAGGAGUUUAGAAUUCACUUUUAGCUCGUUUCGAAAAUUACUGCGCUUUGGAAGAUGCUUAGACAGCUUUUAUUCAGCUCUAAAAAUGAUGAAAUAUCCUGAUCCUACGGUGAGAGUAACAUUAAUUAUGGCAAAGAUGGCAAAUGCUUUGUACUUACUGGCAGAUCAUUUUAUUUGGAUUGGCAGAGUAGGAAUUUUACGAGUUAACUUAGAAAAAUGGAAUAAAGUUGCUAAUAAAUAUUGGUUAUUAACUAUUGUUAUGAGUUUAAUAAGAGAUAUUUAUGAGAUUAUCAAGAUUUUAGAACAUGAGAAAAAUGCAUUUAAACAUCAUACAUUAUCCUGUCUAAAAAAUCAUAGGGAAGUAAUGAUGGAUACUGUUAAAAAUGGAUGUGAUUUAUUUAUUCCGUUGACAGCGUUAGGCAUUACAAAAUGUACUCCAGGUACAAUAGGCUUACUUGGAAUAAUUUCUUCAUUGAUUGGUUUAUAUACAAUUGUCAACCCGCUUUAUAAAUUGUCUCCAUCUUAGGAUAAGAUGUUUUGUAAAUUUGUACAUUUGUAAAUGCGUAAGAUAUAUAUGUACAUAUAUGUAUAAUUAGAAAAGAGGACGAAGGGGGAGGGGAGGAGAGGGGAAAGACAUAAACACAGUUACUCACUUAAAUGUCUAUAGAAAACAAAAGCAAUAUUCUUAUGUUAAAAUAUUAUACAAUUCUAUAAUUACUUACGAUAAAGUUUAUAUACUGAUAAUGGAGAAAAUAUGGCUUUGUACACGAUCUUUUCAUUAAAAAAAAAAUAUAUUUUACAAAAUAUUGUACAAAUUUAACGAGUGGAAAAGUACCUUCCAAUGUCAUUGAGUAACAACUGUACAAAAAUAUGUACACAGUAUACACGGAAAUUAAA